UAACCGUACUUUCUUUUAACCUAUAAGUUUUUGAUAGAUCUGUCGACUAUAUUUUUAAUUUUAGUUUUUAGAAGUAUUAUUGUGGAAUAAAUUAACAUAAUACUUUCAAAGAUAAAAUGUUGGAAGGGGAACAGUCAAAUGAAAAACGAAAACGUAUUUCAUGUGGUUUGUAUGAUAGUUGCCCGGUAUCUCUAAAAACAGCUAUACAGUCUGCCUUUGAAUAUGGUUUUCAUUUUAUUGUUACACAAUUAUCCCAUCCAAGUUACAUCCAAGAUUUAAAAGGGCCUUAUGUUCCAUAUAUAAUAGGCAGAUCGGAUAGAGUUCUGACUGGAAAUGAGUGGAAUCGGCUGAUUGUGGGGGAGUUGAGUACUUCAAUUGAUGUUGACAAUGAAGACGCUGUAGUUAGUAAAACUAGCAAACAAAAAUUAGAACAAGAACUAGGCUUUGCUUCACAUUUGGGUGUACCGGCUAUAUUAAUACAUCUUACUAAACCAAAGAAUGUUCAAUUGUCAAGAGUUAUUAAUGACAAACUCGUUUCAAAUUUUUCAUAUGCUGUUUGGGUGCAGAUUCCUAUGGUCCACGAAUCACAAUAUAAGUCAACAACAGAUAUCAAAUAUGACUCUUGGAACUUUUGGAAUGAUUUUCGGAUUCACUGUGAUUAUGAUAAAAGAGUUGGAGUAGUUUUAGAACUUCCAGAUGUUCAACAUGUACCACCUUGUGAUGAAAUUGAUAGAUGGGUUGGAGAGCCAGUGAAAGCUUUAGUAAUACAAGCUUCAUAUUUCCUUACAAAUCAAUAUGGAAAACCAGUUUUGCCAAAAGUACAUCAAGAAAUUAUUAAACGGUUUAUGGCACUAGAUGUACAAUAUAUUAUUCAUUUGGAUGUUGAGGGUGAUUAUUCUUUUUAUGUGAAAUAUAUGACUUACUUGGGGAAGAAAUUGUAUUGUUGUGAUACGAUGGCUGAGUUUGUACAAGGAUGUGAAGAUUAUUUACAAAAUCCACUUCAACCUUUAUCAGAGCAUUUAGAAAUGAAUGUUUAUGAGGUAUUUGAGAAAGAUCGUGUUAAGUAUGAUACCUACCAAAAAGCAGUUCACAAAGCACUUGAACUGUGGACAGAAAAACGACCGCCAGUGGUAAUGGUAGUAGGAGCAGGAAGGGGUCCUUUGGUGCAAGCAGUAUUAAAUGUUUCUAGGAUUCUCGAUAUUGAGGUAAAAGUAUAUGCAGUUGAAAAAAAUCCAUACGCCGUAAAUACACUGGCUCAUAGAGUGAUGAGUGAAUGGGGCUUACAAGUAACAUUGGUAAAAGAGGACAUGCGAACUUGGCAAGCUCCCGAAUCAGCAGAUAUUUUAGUUUCAGAAUUAUUAGGUUCUUUUGGUGAUAAUGAACUGUCACCAGAAUGUUUAGAUGGUGCGCAACGUUUUCUUACACCGAAAACUGGUAUUUCUAUACCAUGUCAGUAUACAUCGUUCUUAGCACCAUUGCAAUCUUUAAAAAUAUAUAAUGAAAUUAGAAAUGGUCGUCUGCCGGAUAAAACAUUAAAGCAGUGUUUAGAAACACCAUAUGUAGUCCACUUAGCAAAUUAUCAACAAUUAGCACCAGCACAACCGUUAUUUACUUUUGAUCAUCCGAAUUAUUCAGAAGAUGGUCCAGACAACACAAGAUAUAAAUCACUGAAAUUUCCACCAGUUGCGAAGUCUUGUGUAUUGACCGCAUUUGUAGGAUUUUUUGAAACAAAUUUAUUUGAUGAUGUUACAUUAUCUACAAAUCCUAAAACGCAUACUCCUGAUAUGGUCUCAUGGUUUCCAAUAGUAUUUCCAUUAGCUGCUCCAGUUCAAAUUCACGCCGGAGAAAUUAUUACGGUUAGUUUCUGGAGAGAUGAAAAUGUAGAAAAAGUUUGGUAUGAAUGGUGUCUGGAAUCUCCAUAUAAAUUGCCUAUAAUGAAUCCGAAUGGAAGGUCGUAUUUUCUUAAGAAACAUUAAGUUAUUUUGUUAAGGUACUUUAACUAUAAAAUAAUUUGUAUUUUUAAUAAAAAUAUGUUUCUAAA